AUGGCAUUUUCAACUCCACAAGUCAUCAAAAAUUUUUAAAAAGCAAUUUCUGAAGAUGAUUUACCAGAGUUAUAUAAGAUUUUAAUGGACGAAAGAUAAAGAUUGCUUCUGAUCAAUCUGAGAGACAUUAUACAAAAGAAUCUGGUAUCGAUUCAGUCUAGAGAUGAGGAGGAAAAAUUGAAUGCAAAAAUGGACGAUUUUUUCAGGCGCGGGGCAGAGACUAAAUAUUUGACUUAACAUUAGAUUGAGAAACUUACACUGCAAGUCAAAGUAUUGGCUUAGUUUGAAUACUGCAAGAAUGAGCAAAUUUUUAAAACAUUCGUCUCCUACACAAAAGAUGAUAAUGAGCACGAAUCAGAUUUAAUGAACCUUUGGAAUAUUCUUUAGCCUGGCAGAAUUAUCAAGUCAAGACUUUCAAAUGAAUGGCAAGAAAUCGGUUUCUAAGGAAGCGACCCGGCCACAGAUUUUCGUGGAGCAGGUCGCCAUGGAUUGACUCAAUUAAUGAUGAUUUGCCAUCCAGAUUCAAUCUACUACGAAAGAGCGAUGGCAAUGUACAAAGAUAGCACCAAUAUGCAGCAUUGGUACUUCUUUUCUGUCACAGGUUUGAACAUUACUUAGAAGAUCACUCACUUACUUAAGAAGAAUAGACUAGAUGCCGUAUUACUUCAAAUUGCAAAGUCUAAUACAAAAGGAGUACUUGAUUAUGAGUUAAUGACUCCAGAGGUAGUCAAUGCCAUAUUUGAUAAGUGGUAUUUUGAAGUGUUCUAUACUUUUAAUGAACAAUGGAAAAACGCUAAAUGUGAUAUAAUGGAAUUCAAUCAGUUUAUUCAGAGAAUUAUAGAAAAAGAUUUCUUGCAGAAUUGCUAGAGAUGGAUGCAAGAAGUUAUAUAUAGGAUAUAAGAAAAAUAAUCUCAGGCAAGGAUAAAGUUUUGA